AUGUCUUGUGAAGAGUUAAAUAAAAAUAUAAAGAUGGCUAGGCAGAAUGGUAUUGUGCAACCUUUACUCACUGAUCUUUACCAAAUCACUAUGGCAUAUGCAUACUGGAAAGCUGGUAAAGUCAAUGAUGUGGCUGUGUUUGACUUAUUUUUCCGCACCAAUCCAUUCCAAGGGGAAUUUACAAUUUUUGCUGGCCUUGAAGAAUGUUUAAAGUUUUUAGUGAAUUUUCACUAUUCCGAAAGUGACAUAGAAUAUUUGAUGCAAACUUUACCUGAAAAUAUUGAACCUGAGUUCUAUGGGUAUUUGAAAGACUUAACUUGUAAGGACAUUAAACUUAGUGCUAUUGAAGAAGGAUCUGUUGUUUUUCCAAGAGUACCCCUAUUAAGAGUUGAAGGACCUUUAAUUGUGGCGCAAUUGCUGGAGACAACUUUGUUAACCCUUGUUAAUUUUGCAAGUUUAAUGGCAACGAAUGCGGCAAGAUACAGAAUGGUCGCUGGAAAAAAUGUUUCUUUGCUCGAAUUUGGAUUACGAAGAGCACAAGGCCCCGAUGGUGGAUUAUCAGCCUCUAAAUACGCUUAUAUUGGUGGAUUUGAUGGUACAAGUAAUGUGUUGGCAGGCAAAAUGUUUAAUAUACCUGUCAAAGGCACGCACGCACAUUCGUUUGUGACAUCAUUUAGCAACCUAAAUGAUAUACAAUCGGUCACUAUAAGGCACAUGGACACACAGGACCCUUGUAAUCUUCUCGAACUGGCGACCGAGUGGCGGAAGCGAGUGUCUGCCAUUAUCGAUAUAUCUCCGGACGAAGCAAGUGACGGCGAACUAGCCGCACUCCUAUCGUAUGCCUUAGCGUUCCCCACCGGAUUUUUGGCACUAGUGGAUACGUACGAUGUCAAGAGGUACAAUUUUCAAGGCUUACCGUCACGACACAGGCAGCAUAAUAUGAAUGGGCAUUCUGGCUACAAUAGCAACUGUGGAACCAAUGGUACUACAGUACUAAACUCACCGAGCAUACAUAAUACAUAUGGAUAUAGCACGGUCGAACGCACACUGAGGAGUGGCUUGCUAAACUUCUGUGCCGUGGCUCUUGCGCUAAAUGACUGUGGAUACAGGGCUGUCGGUAUUCGUAUCGACAGCGGUGACCUGGCUUAUUUGUCUGUAUUAGCACGGGAGACCUUCGAAAACAUUGCGGAAGUUCUCAAACUGCCUUGGUUCGCUAAGCUGACGAUUGUAGCCUCUAACGACAUAAAUGAAGAAACUAUAUUGAGUUUGAACGAGCAGGGUCACAAAAUCGACUGUUUUGGCAUUGGAACACAUUUAGUUACGUGUCAACGACAGCCGGCUUUGGGAUGUGUAUACAAGUUAGUGGAGAUAAACGGUCACCCCAGGAUAAAACUUAGCCAAGAUGUAGGAAAAGUCACAAUACCCGGUCACAAACAGGCAUACAGAUUAUUUGGUGCAGAUGGACAUGCGCUGAUAGACUUGCUACAAAGGUCAUCGGAGCCCGCUCCAGAAGUUGGUCAAAAGGUCCUUUGUAGGCAUCCCUUUCAAGAGUCAAAGAGAGCUUAUGUCAGUCCUAGCAAAGUGGAACACCUUUAUAAGGUGUACUGGAGAGACGGCAAGGUUACUACAAUGCCAAAGCCAUUGAGCGAGGUGCGAGAGCGAGUGCAAUCAACUUUGAAAACAUUGCGUCAAGAUAUCAAGAGAAAUUUAAACCCAACACCAUAUAAGGUCGCCGUAAGUGAUGACCUGUACAAUUUCAUACAUGAUCUGUGGCUUCAGAAUGCUCCUAUUGGUGAAUUGUCUUGA